UCAUCACCGUAAGAGCACCAUCCAAAUGACCCAUACCAAAGUAGGCAUAAUGUACUCGAUAGCGCUGCUUCUCCUCAUCCUUCCGUACUGCUUAUGUUCCGGUGAAGGGAACAUACAUUUGAUGGAAGAAGAUAUAGCUGCAGCCCUCAAAAGUUGCCGGGAAACUGUCAGAAAAACGAGACACACAAACAGGUAUUCUGAUUCGUCACCAAGAAUAGAUGGCGGAGCUGAAAGAAACCAGUACAACCACGAGCGAAGAAACAAUACAUUUUCGGACAAAAUUAAUAUUCUGAACGGUUCGUAUCCUGAAGAUGGUCGGGCUUAUGAUGAUAAUUUCAUCAACCACAUACCUAGACCGGUACAUGGGCACAGUUAUAAUGCGUCGAACUAUAGAGCUAAGAGAAGCGAAUCGCUGUUUAGUAAAGAGACUGAUCAGUGCCUCAGCCAAUGUGUGUUCGCCAACUUGCAAGUGGUCGACAUGCACGGGAUUCCCCGGGAGGCGCAACUAUGGAACAAGGUGGAGACAGCAGUGACGUCACAACAGUCCCGGGCCAUACUCCGCGACCAGAUCAGAGCCUGCUUCCAGGAGAUGCAGACAGAGUCCGAAGACAACGGCUGCUCCUAUUCGAACAAACUCGAACGCUGUCUGAUGCUGCGAUUCUCCGACAGAAAAAUUAAUGCUAACAACACUAUUAUAACUGUCUAAUU